AGGGGAUUCAGCGGCAAAGGGCCCGACAGGCUGAAUAACAGCAGCAGUGUCAUUGUUGAUGGUUUGAGGGACGGACAUGACUCACGCAGAAACGGGAUAUAGGGAAUGCGUAUUGUUGUUUAUUCGUUUACUAUUUCUUCGUGAAAUGAUGGUUGCGCUACUCAAAGAUGUCAGGAGAAAAAGACCUGACUUACCGGUUUUAUUGCCCGCUUACUGACUGUCUGAAACAGUUUGAAAGUUUCGAGAGAUUGAAGUCCCAUGUUGAAAAGGAACAUCAAGGCAGUGUGGCACCGAUGGUUCAGGAGGACAACAACGAAAUCAAUGCUGAAUCUUCCAACAGUCGAAAAUGCGAUUCAUUUACAACGGAACAAGGCAGCCUGCACGUGUUGAAAAUCAAUGCAGCAAAAAAAGCGUAUCACACGGCUACAUUUAAAAGAAAGUCAAGCUUUGUCUCCAGUAACCAUUGCAACCAAAGUCAUUUUCAACAAUUGCAACCGAAGCCAGCACACAGCGUCAUUAGCCAAUCAAAAGAUCAAGAAAGAUAUACUUCACGUUUGCAAACAUUGCACAAUGACCGGUGAUCAGCAACCAAUAAAAGAAAGAGUCAAGCAGAAUUCAACUGAUUUUUUUUUCUUUUGCAACGCACACCGCCAAAAUGCGUGGAGAAUGUUGCAACGC